AUGGAUGCCUCAUCCCGGCCUGUUCCAGUCCUUCCUUCGUCUCCCUCUUCCCGUCUUCCCCCUUUCUCCGCUUCUUCCUCCCUCCAUGACCCUGCGGAUCCCUACUCUUCCCACGAACAUCGUCAUUCCGCAGCGGAUCGUCCUCAGGAGGUGGAACUCCAGUCUCUAGCAUGCAGCACCGACACGCGUGAACACCACCAUCCUUUACAUUACACAGACCACCUCUCUGACUAUCGCCCCGAACACUCCGCCGUUCUCUCACCUUCACCAACUGAACCCGACGACUCCGAUUCGGAUUCCCCCAGUCACUCUCUACACUCACGACACCCGCACGCUCCCUCCCAUCGUGGCAAAUCACCCAUGAAGCGCAAAGGCCGCACGGUCUUGAAACGCCGCUCCAAGCCCUCCUUGACCAUAGCGACGGGCCAGAACGGCUACGCGAGCGACAGCAUGGAUUCCUCCAUCGAGAUGCGAAAGAGGGACACCUCUGUCGAGUCCACGUCCGCUCGGGCGAAUCGCCUCAUGUCACGUCCUAGUUUCACUCUCGACCAAGAUCCUCCAAUGACCCCGCAAACGCCCGCCAUGACGACGACCUCUUUCGCGAACCUGCCCGCCAGCGACCGGAGAAACUUUUUGCUGCUGUGUGUGCUAUACUUCCUCCAGGGUAUCCCCAUGGGUCUGGCCACCGGGUCCGUCCCAUUCCUACUGAAGCCGUACCUGUCAUACGGUCAAAUCGGUGUCUUCUCACUCGCAUCCUACCCCUACUCGUUGAAGCUGCUUUGGAGCCCUAUCGUCGAUGCCAUCUGGAGCCGGCGGUUCGGCAGGCGCAAGAGUUGGAUCACACCCAUCCAGGUCAUCGCCGGAUUGGCCAUGAUCUAUCUCGGCGGACGCAUUGAAGAGAUGAUGCAGCAGGCGGGCGCCAAUGGUGGUGCUGGGGUCUGGAACUUUACAUACUGGUGGUUCUUGCUGGUGUUCUUCUGCGCUACGCAGGAUAUUGCGGUCGAUGGGUGGGCAAUUACCCUCAUGUCGCCACCAAAUAUCUCCUACGCAUCGACUGCCCAGACCGUGGGAUUGACAGCCGGCCACUUCCUGUCCUACACUGUGUUUUUGGCCUUCAACUCGGCCGACUUUGCAAACCGCUGGUUCCGGGCCGUUCCUGCGGAUGGUGGAUUGCUGUCGCUGGGCACGUACCUGAAGUUCUGGGGCUGGGCUUAUCUAGUUGUUACGACUUGUCUGGCCGUCAUGAAGAAGGAAGACCGGACGCAUGAACGCGAUAGCAUCAUGGACGUGUACCGCAGUAUGUGGAAUGUGCUGAAGCUUAAGAACAUUCACACCAUUAUCCUAGUUCAUCUGAUCGCCAAGAUUGGUUUCCAAGCCAACGACGGCGUGACAAGUCUGAAGCUGUUGGACAAGGGAUUCGGCCAAGACAACAUGGCGCUAGUGGUGUUGAUAGACUUUCCUUUUGAAAUCGGGCUGGGAUACUACGCUGGCAAGUGGUCGACGGAGUACACGCCCAUGCGGCUGUGGUGCUGGGCGUUCAUCGGACGACUGGCGGCAGCCGUCCUGGCCCAGAUCACGGUCAUGAUUUUCCCGUCGGCCGAGCAGGUCCCGUUCUGGUACCUACUGACUGUGAUUGGAGAGCAUGUGUUUUCGACAUUCAUGAACACGGUGAUGUUUGUGGCGGUGAGUGCAUUCCAUGCGCGCAUCGCCGACCCAAGCAUCGGCGGUACUUACAUGACGAUGCUCGCAACUGUCUCCAAUCUGGGCGGUACAUUCCCCCGAUACUUCAUCCUCAAGCUAGUGGACAUGUUCACCGAGGCAACAUGUGUUCCACCAACGGUGCCACCUACGUCCGAGAAACUAAAGGGUGACCUCGUCACGGAGGCCUUCUCAUGUGCACUAGAGCCAGACCGGACACGCUGCGUCAACGGAGGAGGCACCUGCCACGUCCAACACGACGGAUACUACACGACAAACAUCCUGUGUGUGUUGAUUGGCGUAGUGACAUUUUUCUUCUUCAUCCGGCCGGCUGUUUUGAAACUGCAGGGUCUGCCACUCCGGGCGUGGAGAUUAACCCCGGGCAGACACUAG